AUGACACAUCCAUUUACAGACUACUGGAUCGCGACGUCACAUAACACAUACUUGACAAAGGACCAAUUAUGUGUUGAGUUAGACUGUUGGGAUGGAUCGGAUGGGCAGCCGACGAUUUAUCACGGUCACACAUUAACGAGCAAAAUUAGCUUCCAUGAUGUUGUUCGCGCCUGCCUGGAUUAUGGUUUCCAGACCUCGCCUUACCCCAUCAUCCUCUCUCUCGAAAUGCAUUGUUCACCGCGGCAGAAACUCAAGAUCGGACACAUCCUUCGUUCCGUGCUAGGAGAUGCUCUCGUAGACGCGGCCGAUAUCCGUCGUUCUCAGUUUAGCCCUGAAGACCUCAAGUACAAGUUCCUCGUUAAGGCUAAGGUCGCUCGGCAAACUGACGAUCCCUCCAGCCUCGACGAAGCCGAUGAAGGUACUGAAGACAGCGUCGACCCCAACGCACAAUUGGAUCUCCUCCAAUUCCCGCCUGGGUUCGUCACACCCCUACCGCCUUCUGCCAUGCUCGCCUGGGAUGCCCCCGACUACCAAGGCAGCGCGGUGAGGGGCCCAAACGGCGGCCACAAAGGCGGCUGGUCGCAGGAACUCUCCCGUUGCUGCCGAAGCAGUAGACGACGCGAGUCCACCAACUUUCACGACGAUGAAGGCUUUACCACUCGCUCAGACUCGCUAGCCACUAGACUCAUUUGUCCCUGGCGCAGGGCCGCUGGUCCGCGACGCUCGUCCUCCGAUCACUGGUCCGCCAGUGGCAUCGAAACAGACAUACGGGAUAGCAUCAACGGAAGCAUCUGGGCUGGCGGCAACAAAGAUGGCGGUAACAAAGAUGGCGGUAACAAAGAUGGCGGUAACAGAACUGGCGGUAACAAAGAUGGUGGUAACAGAACUGGCGGUAACGAAGAUGGUGGUAACAGAACUGGCGGUAACAGAGCUGGAAGGGCCGGUGCUACGAAGGUGGGUGUUGGUCCCGACUACGGAGGGGAGUUGGUGAUUGGUGUCCCUUUUGGCGGACGGCCAGAGCAACGCGUGUCCAAGUCUGGUGGACUUAUAAAUCUGGCUCCCUACUAUCAGUGUGUGGGGCUUCCUGGACGCAAGCUGACCACCUUUAGCGACCCCGAGCGGACCCGGUACCACGUGGCUUCAUUGAAUGAGCGUGUUAUGGUACGUUUCAUUAAGCAGAUAGAAGCGUCGGAUAACCUGACGUCACCUGCUGUGAGUGCGUCCGCGCCCAUGGUAACGACGGAUAACUGUAGCCGAGUGGCUGCAGCUAAGACGAGUACCGUAACGAAAGCGAAUGCCUUAGCAAACUCCAGUGGUCUGCCAAAGUCGACUGCCAACCUGGAUCUGGAGUCGACUGCCAACGUGGGACUGGUACCUAACUCAUCUACCGGGAUGUUGCCUUUAUCAGCUACGUUGUUUACGCCAGGUUCUUUAGGAUCGGUUGCAACCUCGAGUGCUGCCAGUCCCACCCUGACAGCGGGAGUGAGCUCGAUGUCGACAGGUCGUGGUGUGGCUCGGGACUUGGUGGAUUUUCAUCGGCAGUAUCUGUCUCGCAUAUUCCCGGCCGGUACUCGGCUAUGGUCGAGCAACUAUUAUCCUAUCCCGGCUUGGAAUUGGGGAUGCCAAAUGGUGGCUCUAAACUACCAGGUAAAGGGAAUCAGUAUGUUCCUGAACCACGGUCGCUUCCGUGACAAUGGCUAUGUUUUGAAACCCCGAAUUCUUCGAGAUCCAACUAUCCCCUUCGACUCACGUCAUGUCACGAAAGAGAUUUUACAACAAGCCGAAGAACAACCACUACUCAUCUCCAUUGAAGUCAUGGCCGGCCGACAGCUGCCAUUAGCCAAACCAGGAACACUCAUUAACCAGUAUACCCAACGCCUUGACAGUCUGAAGCAACAACACGGCGUCAUAGCUGCCGCCCUACACCCUGACCGUGGCCACGACCGCAACCACCUUCACAGACAGGAAAGUGGUCAUGAGUCCGACGGCAGAGGCCGACCUCCCGGGGGAGGUUCUGGAGGCAGUUCUGGGAGUGGUGGAUCGAACCAGUAUGGACACAUUAACAUCAGUGUGCACGGGAUCAAAGAAGACCAGUGCUACUACAAGACCACCACCCAAAAGCUGCACUACUUCAACACCAUGUGGUCCAAUGAGAAGUUCACGUUUCGCGUACUCGUCCCCUCACUGGCCAUGGUCUGCUUCAUACUCAAGUCCAACGGAGACAUUGCCGCAGGACACUCAGUACCCGUGCUCAAACUCCGGCCCGGCUACCGCUGGGUCAGCCUGCUCGACACUAACUUACAGGAACUGCGACGGACCGGUCUCAUGGUCAAGGUCACACUGGAAAAAGACCUUUUGUAG